UUUUAGCUAAUGACACCAACUGUUGACACAAACAGUAGAUUGUGUCAUUACUAAUUAAACAGAACAAACCAAAAAAAAGCAAGCCUUUUUGAUCGUCAAUAAGGUACAUUUUUACACACAUUAAGCCACUAAGAGCAAUUUUAGUGACGUUAAACGGUCAUAUUUUAUAUCGCAACUAUUUACUUCCGAUGGCUUCUGCUGCACUUCCUGCUACACCUGUUUGUCAGGUAGUCACUCUGAUACGCAACGGAGACUUUGAGUCACGACAAACGAGACAAUGGGUGGACUUUUUCUACAACUUUGAAGUAUUUAUUUGCGUUUUUUUUUAUUUUACAUUUUGAGUCGACUCCAAGUGGGUGUUUUUUUUGAAUCCCUAAAAUGAGUCGAAUGUUCCAAAGGAAUUGCUCACUGGAGAUCGUGUUGCUGUUCUUGCUGGCGUAUUUCGAUCCUUCACUUGUCUCCUCCAUCACUGUGAGUUCCCCGGCUGAACUCCACGCAUCCGCAGGAGACACCGUCACAAUGUCCUGCACUUUCAGUUCUACCAGCCGACCCACCAGCAAGAUGAUUAUCGACUGGUCGUACAGACCUCAGACUGGAGGGCCGCCAGAGACCUUCUUCCACUUCUCUUCACGUGCCUUCCCUCCUGUGGAGGGUCAGUUCAGUGGGCGUGUUCAGUGGCGAGGAAGCCCAGCCAGGGGUGACGCCUCCAUUUCGCUGGUCAACUCUACAGUGAAUGAUAAUGGAACCUACACGUGCUCAGUCAGAAACCCCCCUGACGUCCACGGAACUCCAAACUCGCACACCGUACUCACUGUCACACCAAAGGCACCCAGCAUUCGCUUCUCAGAUGUUGCCGUCCUCCUGUUUCUCGUCCUCAUCCCUUCCACUAUCCUUACCUUGGUUCUGAUUGGACGAAUGUUUUACCCCAAGAGACAGCACAGCCAAUCUAAGGGCUACAGAUCAGCCAUAGAGGUCACAGAAGGUGAGGAGCAUGACAUCCAGCCAGUGGGGGGCUACGCCCCGGGGGGCACAUGCUGUGACCUAUGUCUGACGGACUCCGAGAGCGAGUACGAGUACAGCGCCGUGAAAAAGGAUCCGUCCGUUCAUGAAGGUUAUGCUGAGUCUCAGUGCUAGAGGUUCUUACUGGCUCUCUGGUUUCACCUGCUGGUGGUCGUACUGAAUGGAAAUCAAUGCACAAUUAAUAUACGUGUCAACCCUUCAGGUCAGGUUGGUAGAGAUCUCUAUGUAAUAUUGUGAAGGAAAUAGAUUUAUUUUGUCUAAUUUAUUGCCUUAUUUUGGUUAUACAGUAAUAAAAAUAUUGAAUGUCA